CGGAGGUGGGUGUGAAAUUUAAAAAAGUUUGGACCUUGACUCUUCCGGAAAGGUGUGCGCAGGUGUCGUUGGAUACCAAAUUAAUCCGAACAGGUUCUCUUGUACAACACAUUCUCAUUUCAAACGUUGACUUCACACCAUGAGUACUUCAACUCAUCAAGGUUUUCAAGACAACGAAACACACCCGUCAACAAGAGUAAUGCACCCUCCAGGUGGUGUAUCAAGCGAUAUCUUUGGUGUGGGGACAUCACCAUUUGCCAAGAGAGCUGAGGCUGAACAGAAGUCAACAGCAACAUCACCUAAUGUAAUGGAGAGCAGUGAUGGUGUGUACAGGAACUCCAGCAUGACCACAAGCAAUUUGAGUGUUGCUAGUCCUGGAUCCAGAACUGGGUCGAACACCAGCAUCCGAAUGCGCAACAGACAAGGAGCUUUCAACCCAAUCACAGGCGAGGCCUAUUCAUUUGUAGAUGUAACAAAGGCUACACCAGAGAAUACUUUGGAGAGUCCCGUGCCGACUUCUGGAAAUGAGUCUAGUCCAACUGUCAGUUCGGGCAAGGCACAGCCCAACAUACAUACGUCAUCUAGAAUCCUGAAACCACCUGGUGGCCAAACAACCAGCCUCUGGUGAUUGGUGCUGCGAGGCCUCGCACGCCAUCACUGGCAAUACAGCAGUUGUACUGACGAUGACAGCAGCAACACACAACUCACAACACAGAAGAAUCUUGAGUGUCUGGGCUUGUUUAAGUUACUGUAUACUCUCUGGGUGUCUUGGGAUAUGCUUCUUAGGCUAUUUAUUGUUCAGUUUACUAUAUAUAUAGAAUCUCUGGGUGUUUGGGGAAGCACUUCUUAGGCUAUUUAUUGUUCAGUUUACUAUAUAUAUAUAUAUAGAAUGUCUGGGGAUGUGCUUCUCACUGUAUUGUUUAGUUCACUGUAUUACUGGUUUACGCCACAUGUCGUCUGUUGGUGUUUUAAGAACACGAAUCUCACAAGUAAUUCUGUGUAUAUUAACUGCUUGUUUUUGGUCUGUCUGGACAGUCUGUUGCUGGUCAUUGUGCAGUGCCCGAGAUUGGGUUACACUGCUGUGUGUGGGCUGUUAAGGAUUUGGGUGUGUGAUGGCUUGAGGGUACAAGGUAAUUUGAAUCUUACACUGCCAGCUUUGGUGUGUGGAACAGAUUUUAUGUGCUUGGUGCUUAGACUCGCCACUGAUUGAGUCAGGUCCAAUAUUUUCAAUCAGUCUUUAUCUACGAAAUCGUAAAAACAUCAUAAGCUAUGACGUCACUAUGACGUGCUGUAGUGAUGUCACAACCUUUAAUGGUUUUAUGAUUUUUUAGCAUUAAGAUGACUUCGAAAAUGUGGGCACUGGACAUUUUAUAAGCACAGGCACUAGCUGGUAUAAAUGUUUCUAAAUAUAUGUUUUUAAAAAUUAAUUGUAUAGUAUCAUGUCACACUAUCAACAGAAUUUUUGUAUAUAUUUCUAAUUGCCUGGGAAUUAGGAAAACUCCCACUUGGAUAAAUAUAGUUUGUUAUAAUUUAGCAUGCAGUUAGCCUCAGGAAAAUGAAUGAUAUUUUUGUUAAUUGUUAUCAUCAGAAAAUUGUCUUUUUGUGGAGUGGAUUUCCAUUAAUUUGUUUCCAUUUUGAAUCUCUGCUACAUUGAGAAGUACAUGUAUGUUAUAAACAAAAUAAUAAAGAAAGUGAAGUUACAGUUAUUAUCUGCAUCAAAAACUUAAAAAACUGCCCAAGCAUUUUUUUCUUUUUCAAUUUUUUCCAUUUCAGUU